AAAACUACGGCAGUGUGAAAAGGGAGGGAGAGAGAAGAGAAGAAUCUAAAAAGGAAGCAACAUUUCUGUUUCCGCUUCUUCAUCUCAUCUCAGCACAAGAAAGAAAGAAAGAAACUUCAAUCCUCACACAAACGAAAACAAAUAUCUUUCACUUCUUCUGCAUCCGACGCUAGAAGAGGUGUCGGAACAAACAAGCUUCGUUUCGCCGGAACGAUGACCGGCGGCGGAUCGACGGGGAGGUUGCCAACAUGGAAGGAGAGAGAAAACAACAAGAGGAGAGAGAGGAGACGAAGAGCGAUCGCCGCUAAGAUCUACACCGGUCUUCGAGCUCAGGGGAACUACAAGCUUCCGAAGCACUGUGACAACAACGAGGUCCUGAAAGCUCUAUGCGCCGAAGCUGGUUGGAUCGUGGAAGAGGAUGGCACCACUUAUCGAAAGGGAUGCAAGAGACCCAGCGCGAGUGAGAUUGGAGGAACAGCAGCAAACAUAAGCGCGUGUUCUUCGAUUCAGCCAAGUCCACAAUCCUCGUCAUACCCGAGUCCUGUACCAUCCUACCACGCUAGCCCAACCUCUUCCUCGUUCCCAAGCCCCACGCGCAUUGACGGAAACCACCCUUCUUCCUUUCUCAUCCCAUUCAUCCGCAACAUAACUUCCAUCCCCGCCAACCUCCCUCCUCUCAGGAUAUCCAACAGCGCCCCCGUCACCCCACCUCUCUCCUCUCCUCGUAGCUCUAAGCGCAAGGCUGAUUUCGACUCCCUCCAUAACGCCUCCCUCCGCCACCCUCUUUUUGCCACCUCCGCCCCUUCCAGCCCCUCUCGCCGCCACCACCUCGCCACCUCCACCAUCCCGGAGUGCGAUGAGUCCGACGCCUCCACCGUUGACUCCGCCUCUGGGCGCUGGGUUAGUUUUCAGGUUCAGACGACGAUGGCGGCCGCUCCUCCUUCUCCCACCUUUAACCUCAUGAAACCCGCCAUGCAGCAGAUCGCUGCCCAGGAAGGCAUGCUGUGGGGUUCUGUUGCGGAGCGAGUCAGAGGAGGCUCCGAUUUUGACUUCGAGAAUGGCAGAGUCAAACCCUGGGAGGGUGAGAGAAUACACGAGGUUGGAAUGGAUGAUUUGGAGCUUACUCUAGGAGUUGGAAAGGCUUGAUUUGUUGCAAUCCCUUGCUUGGAUCUGCUACUCUACUACUACCCUCAGGGCAAUUGGUUGUUAUGCUUAAUUUCUCUAUAUUUUUCCCUUUUAUGUGUACAGUUUCCUUUUCAUAUAGCAGUGGUUAGGUGUUACAUUACAUUACUUGGAAUUUGACUUCAUUGUAAUGCCUUGUUAAUUGUUGGAAAGGUUGCAUUUGAAGCAAUCUUUGUGCAAGUGUUUUUGAGACUUCAAUCUUGACUUACUAAGACCAGGGGAAACGAGGUCAUAUUCUUAAUUAUUCAUGAUCGAGUAUAUUGCUGAGCCCUCAACUUAGAUUGUUUGAAAUUGAUGUGCUAUCAGCUAUGAUUGGGAAGGUCACUAUAUAUCAAUCAUAUCAAGUGACAACUUAAAGAGGUGAGAUACUGAGAUUAGUUGA